AAUAGAUAUAACACUUCACAAACACGAAGCACACAACCAUUACUUUGAGAUUCAAACUUCAACUCUCUUAUCCCGCAUUCAUUCAUUCCCACCAAAAAAAUGGAAAACAACGAAAAACUGGAGAGGUUUUCGAGCUGCAGAGGCGUAGCUUUCGAAAUCAAACCCCAUUCCGACCUCUUCGCCAUUCCUGCUCCGGUGAUUAACCCUCCUCGCAACGGCAGCAGCCGCAGAUCCUGGGUUCAAUGGGGCAGCUUCACGCGAGUUGUUCCAUCCUCCGACCUCUUGGAGAGGUCUAUGAGCCGCACCAGCAGCCAUUUCUGCGAUCUCGACGACGAUGAUGCCGACGUCGAAACCCUUGCCGACAUCGAAGAAGGCCAUGAAGAGGGUAAACUGGACCAAUCUCCUCCCCCGCUUCCUCUUCCGCCGCCUCCCUCCGCCGCCAAGAAGAAAUCUGCGUCUUCGCGGCUUUCCGUGAUCCUUCUCGAUCAAGGCUUGUUCACCGUCUACAAGCGCCUUUUUGCAGUUUGCUUGGCGUUGAAUAUCACGGGCUUGGUUCUCGCCGCCACCGGUGAUUUCCCCUACGCCAGAAACCGCGCCGCCUUAUUCUCCAUCGCCAACAUUUUCGCGCUGGUUUUGUGCCGGAGCGAGGCGGUUUUGAGGGUUGUUUUCUGGGUGGCGGUGAAUGUUUUGGGUUACUCAUGGGUUCCUCUGCGCCUCAAAACUAUGACUACUGCUUUGCUUCAGUCUUUGGGUGGAAUACACAGUGGGUGUGGGAUUUCCUCCGUUGCAUGGCUGAUUUACGCUUUAGUCCUCACCCUCAAAGACAGGGACAACACUUCGCCCGAAAUCAUCGGCGUCGCCGCCGCCAUUCUCAGCCUUCUCUGCCUCUCUUCCUUGGCGGCCUUCCCUCUGGUCCGACACCUCCACCACAACGUCUUCGAGCGGACCCACCGCUUCGCCGGUUGGAGCGCUCUAGGCCUUCUAUGGGCUUUCAUUACUCUCACCAUUUCAUAUGAUCCCUUAACCAAAACCUACAGCAACGAUUUAGGUUCGAGACUGGUAAAAAGGCAAGAAUUCUGGUUCACUAUCGGAAUCACUGUUCUAAUCAUCAUUCCCUGGUUAACCGUGAGGCGGGUCCCGGUCUGCGUCUCGUCUCCGUCCGGCCACGCCGCCAUCAUCAAGUUCGAAGGCGGCGUGAAAGCCGGAAUCCUCGGCAGAAUCAGCCCGUCGCCCUUCUCCGAAUGGCACGCUUUCGGAAUCAUUUCAGACAACAAGAAAGAACACAUGAUGCUCGCCGGAGCAGUCGGCGACUUCACGAGAUCUCUGGUGGCGAGUCCGCCGCGGCACCUGUGGGUCCGGCAAGUGCACUUUGCGGGUCUCCCGUAUCUGACCAACAUGUACAGUCGGGUCCUUUUGGUGGCGACCGGAUCCGGAAUCUGCGUAUUCCUCUCGUUUCUGCUGCAGCCGUGCAAGGCCGACGUGUGCUUGCUGUGGGUGACCAAAGGCGUGGAGCAGAACUUUGGGAAAGAGAUUAAGGAGUGGAUGAGCGGACACCCCAAGGAGAAGGUGAUUGUUCACGACACCGCCGUGCUGGGCCGUCCCAACGUGUCGCAGAUGAGCGUCGACGCCGCCAAGAAGUUUGGGGCGGAGGUGGUGAUUGUCACCAGUAAUCCUGAGGGGAGUAGAGACGUGGUUGAUGCAUGCAAGGCUAAUGGGAUUGCUGCAUUUGGCCCUAUUUGGGAUUCUUGAUUCAUUCUACCAUAAUCUUGAGGACGUUCGUAUGAUGUAGACACACAUAAAUUCUAAUAAAUAUAUACAGACUUUAAUAGGAGCGAGUGUCCUAUUAGAGUUUGUGUGUAUGUGUCCAUACCGUGUGGACGUUUGCACGAGAAUUUUUGUGUUUUAAUUAAGUAUAUAUCUUCCUUUAUUUGUAUGAAUGUAUAUGAGGAUGACAUAAUUAUGUUUCAUGUGCAUUAUGUUUGUUUCCAAAGUACGGAUGCGUCGGUUAGAUCCUAAUUUAAUUGGGAUUUGUACUAAUAGUUGACUUUGUUAAUCAUGAUUAAGGUACUACUCUCAUUCCCUAUUC